GGCUUUGGUGUUUGGGCCUUGGAAUUGGGGGUCGUCGACAAGCUGGCGAUCGCAGGCGGUGGGGAGCCCCGAUGGUCGCUGUCGCCGCCCGUAGUGCCGCUCCCGCCGCUGCGAUUAUUAUCGAUAGCAAAUCGCCGUCGGAGCUCCCAAAUUUUUUUUUUCGCUGUCAGUGUCGGAUGCCUCAACGAUGGUGAAGUCUUAUUUGAAAAUCGAGCACUCGAAUACUUUCGGGCUCGUUGCGUCCUCAUCGUCGAAUGCGAUCUGGGCCCGAGACGAUGAACUCGCAGGCAGUGCACGCCGUACAGGCGCAGGACGGGCAAUUGUAGGUGCCAGUGAGGAGGUUUUAUGUUGGGAUGUGAAGAAAGGAGAGCUGCUUGGUAAAUGGCGGGAUGUCUCGUGCAAGGCGCAGGUCACUGCAAUUACCCAGAGCAAGACCGAUGAGGAUAUUUUUGCGGUCGGUUACGAGGAUGGCAGCAUUCGUCUUUGGGAUUCGAGAACCGCUACGGUCAUUAUUUCGUUCAACGGCCACAAAUCCGCCAUCACCCAACUUGCCUUCGAUAACGCAGGUGUGCGCCUGGUCAGCGGUUCUAAAGACACAGACAUCAUCUUGUGGGACUUGAUCGCCGAAGUUGGUCUGUUCAAGCUUCGUGGACACACUGAUCAGAUUACAUCGCUCCAUUUCGUCGUUCCAUCCAUCGAGCUGCUCAAUGCCGCUGGCUUGAGUGACCAUGCAGGAUUCCUUUUGACUACCGGCAAGGACGCGCUGAUCAAGGUCUGGGAUUUGGCUUCGCAGCAUUGUAUCGAGACACAUAUCGCACAGUCGAAUGGAGAGUGCUGGAGCUUGGGUCUAUCGCCGGACCAGAGUGGCUGCAUUACCGCAGGAAACGAUGGAGAACUCAAGGUGUGGUCGAUUGACGAGAGCGCCAUGAUUGAAAUAUCCAAGGAGAAGGUGGGGGCAGAUGACCGCAGGAUUCUCACAAACCGAGGGACGUUUUACCGGAAUGGCAAGGACCGCACCAUCGGUAUCAGCUUCCACCCCCGUUCGGAUUACGUUGGUUUUCACGGCUCGGAAAAGUCAGUGGAAAUCUGGAGGAUUCGCUCGGAAACCGAGGUGCAGAAGAGUCUGGCGAGAAAGCGCAGAAGGAGAAAGGAGAAGGACGCUCAGCGUGCUGAAAAGGAGGGAGCCGUUGCGGAAGUCGACAAUGACAAGCCAGAGGAUGUGUCUUCUGCCCCGGUAACAGAGGUCUUUGUAUCCCACGUCAUUGUUCGAACCGGUGGAAAGGUCCGCUCGUUCGAUUGGAUCAGGACCAAAUCCAGCGGCAAUAUCCAACUGAUCGCAGCAACAACCAACAACCAGCUCGAGGCCUACAGCGUUGUUACCGCGGGUAAGAAGGACGAGGAGGAUUCGGACUACACCCGGAGCCUGGCCGUGGAUAUUCCGGGUCAUCGAACUGACAUCCGCUCCAUCGCCCUGAGUUCCGACGACCGAAUGUUGGCCUCUGCAUCUAACGGCAGCCUUAAGAUUUGGAAUGUCAAGACACAAAGCUGUCUGCGUACCUUGGAGUGUGGUUACUCGCUCUGCUCCGCCUUCCUUCCUGGUGACAAGAUUGUCGUCGUUGGAAACAAGAAUGGUGAACUUGAGGUCUUUGAUAUCGCAUCUUCCACUCUUUUGGAUACGAUCAAGGCCCAUGAUGGACCAGUUUGGUCGAUCCAUGUCCACCCCGAUGGCAAGUCCAUGGUCAGUGGCAGUGCUGACAAAACCGCCAAAUUCUGGAACUUCCAGGUCGUCCAGGAGGAGAUUCCUGGUACUAAGAGAACUACGCCCCGACUGAAGUUGGUGCAUACAAGAACUCUCAAGGUUUCGGACGAUAUCCUCAGUCUACGCUUCUCGCCCGACUCUCGACUUUUGGCCGUUGCCCUCUUGGACAACACGGUCAAAGUAUUCUUCGUCGAUUCGCUCAAGCUCUUCCUCAAUCUUUACGGACACAAGCUUCCUGUUCUGAACAUGGACAUAUCCUAUGAUAGCAAGCUUAUCGUUACUUGCUCAGCUGACAAGACCGUCCGGAUUUGGGGCUUGGACUUUGGUGACUGCCACAAGGCAUUGUUGGCACAUGAAGACAGUAUUAUGGCUGUUGCGUUCGUCCCCAAUAACAAAGAAGGAAACGGGCACAACUUCUUCAGUGCCAGUAAGGACCGUGUGAUUAAAUACUGGGAUGGUGACAAAUUUGAACAUAUCCAAAAGCUUUCUGGUCACCAUGGUGAGAUUUGGGCUUUGACAAUCAGUCGCUCGGGCGAGUUCAUCGUCAGUGCUAGUCAUGACAAGAGUCUUCGCAUCUGGCAGCAAACCGACGAACUGCUUUUCCUUGAGGAAGAGCGCGAAAAGGAGCUCGAGGAGAUGUAUGACAACAACCUCACUGCUUCCCUCGACCAGGAGGAUGGCGAGGAUGGAGAGAAGGCCGAAGCUGGUGAUGCUGGCAAGCAAACCAGCGAAACUCUCAUGGCCGGAGAGAAGAUCAUGGAAGCCCUGGAUCUGGGCAUGGAGGAUCUCGAAGUCAUGCGUGAAUGGCGUGCUGUCAAGGCUGCUAACCCCAACGCCGCACCGCCAACGCGCAACCCUCUAUACCUGGCCUUGGGCAACGUCUCGGCUGAGCAAUACUUGCUGAACAUUAUGCAAAAGAUCCCAGCUGCGGCAGUUCAGGACGCUCUGCUUGUUCUGCCUUUCUCCAAACUUCCUGCACUGUUCACCUUCCUCAACAUCUUCGCCGACCGGGAAAUGAACAUCCCGCUGACCUGCCGUGUUCUUUUCUUCAUGCUGAAGACCCAUCACCGCCAGAUCGUCGCCAGUAAGAUGAUGCGGCCCAUGUUGGAUAGCAUCCGGUCGUCUCUCCGUCGCGUUCUGGCACGCCAGAAGGACGAGAUGGGAUUCAACCUCUCAGCAUUAACCUUCAUUGGCAAUCAGGUACGCGAGUCAAACACCAAGGAUUACGUUGAUGAGGACACUUGGGAGGAACAGCAUCCAGCCGCGGCAGCAGGCACGGGCAAGAAGCGACAGUUUGUCAGCGUUUCUUAAGUCUACGUCUACAUUAUAUGGGAAAUGUAUCUAUCUGUAUUUGUGCAUAUGAUUGGCGUUGCGAAUUUUCCAGUUGGAAUGUUUUGGUUCUAAAAAAGUUCUAUAUCCUUUGGAGUUGACGGGAGAAAAAGAUUAAUCUAGAUUUGAUCGAAAUGUCCUGAUAGACUCUUCAUUUAUUCUAUAUAUCAACUACCAACAGUAUAUUCCAUAAGUUAUAUCCGUAAGAGC